CAGUACAGUGCUGAAAAUCGAAAGUAGAUAUUUUCGGAAAUUCUCGAGUCGAUUUCACCUUGAUGCAUAUAGGAGAAAGUGUCCUGCCAGUCAGGUCAAUCCUUAAGCAUGGCGUCUGUGGAUGGGAACCAGAAUGAGAAGUAUUAUCUACGGCUGCACAUGCUGGUGAUGAAAGCGGGCGAAGUGUUGCGAGCAUAUUUCGACUCCAUUGUCCCUCCUGCUAAUCUUGCGUAUCAUCUCAAACUGAAAGCACAUGAACACACAUUAAACAAUUUGAAGAAAAGAGGCAAGCUUUCAAAUAAACAAUACAAUAUGCUCUAUCAGAACCCAGACUCUGAAGAUUUUGACAUUUCUCUUUUAGUUUUACUUCUAAGAAAUGUAUGCAAUUUGAUUCCGAAACACCCCAUAUGGGAUGAAACGAAAAACAAAAAGAUAACAAACACCAUGCGACAAGAUAUUGCAAGCAUUGUGCGGAUAAGAAACCUGCGAAACAAGAUGCAACAUGCACCUGUGGCACACUUAAAGCAAAAGAAGUUUGAAAAGGGUUGGAAUUUACUCGAAGACGCUAUGGUAAAGCUUGGGCAGUCCUGCGGCCUGAACACCUUAAAAAGUGAAAUAGAUGAGUUGAAGACAAAAUGCAUAGACUUGCUUACACCUGAGAUGAAGAGCCUACGAGAAAAUACACGUCUGUUCUUGGAGGAGAGUUGUGAUGCUGACUAUGUCGAAACAGCCCGCUUUCAAGAAGCCAAACGUAUGCUUGAAGAGAAACGCAUCAUCGUGCUAACUGGCCAUCCCGGUGAGGGUAAAACAACCAUGGCAACGAGACUGGCUCUUGCUAAUGACACAAAGCCAGAAAAUUGCGUAAAACUGAGUACUGCGAGUGAUUGGAGAAAAGUUGACUGGUCUUUAAAACUUUUUACAACAGUAAUUGUGGAUGACAUUUUCGGAGGAGGAGCGCUGAAUCAAAAGCUUGUACAUGAUUGGAAGCCAUAUCUGCUGGAAAUGGUUACAGCAGCAAAACAGAAAGAGAAACGAUUGAAAAUCAUUAUUACCACCAGACACUACAUCAAAGAAGAAGCUAUUGCAGAAUUGGACAAAAUAACAAUAUUUAAUGAGAAAGAUGGAAACGUGCUGCUUUUGUCUUCGUCAAAGUUCUUGACGUUCGAAGAAAAGAAAAAGAUUUUGGAGUCUAGAGCAAAGAAAAACCAGUCUGAGAAAAUGAUGGUAGGUAGAGGUAUCAAAUAUGACGAUUGUGUGCGAAAAGCAGAAGGAGUGAUGAAUUUGCAAGAAGGAAAAACUACAGAUAUUGUGUUCGGCUUUCCCCAGUGCGCAACAUUGUUUGUACAAAGCAAAGAGUUGAUCAAAUUGGGUUCUGAAUUUUUUAGCAAACCAGAAAUACACUUUAAAGAGGUUAUUGAACAGUUGUACAAAGAUGAAGAGGGAGACGACAAUACACAAUCAACAAUACAAUUCCGCAAGUUUUUGGCACUAGUGGCUGUUUGGGCUGAGAAAAACAUGAGAUUGAAAGAGCGAGAUUUGCAAAAUGCAUCAAAGCUGUCAAAUCACAUGAAACAUGUGGCCGACUUAUUCGGAAUUUCAAUAAGUAAUGGAUUGUUGGGAACUUUAAAAUCUUCCCUGAAAAGUCACGUUCAUGACCUUUUGCUGUUGAUCGAACAUGCUGGUGAGUAUACAUUCAGUCACAUUGUAUGUGGGGACAUGGUUGGGGUAGUCCUUGGAAGUCACAAAAUCCCUGAAUGCAUUGAGCUCUGCCCAAGAGAUUUUUUAAUGGAACGUGUUACAGUCGCUCAGAACUCGGACGAACUUCGGGUGUUUGUACCGGAAUUGUGUUAUGGUGAUCUCAGUGAAAAAAUUGCAAAAAUGAUUGGCCGCAAGAACUGUAAUUUUGUGUCAAAAGAUCCACCAAAACACGAAUUUCAGCAGCUUCAGCGUAACGGUCCACGCUCCAAUUCCAUCGAAGUAUUCAAUGACAUUGACUUUGGAAUACUUAAACACAGUGCGCUCAACGACGAACGUUUUGUCAAGACGUUUAUCGGGUAUAUCCAAAAAGAGCAGCUCGAUAAGGAUCUUUUUAAUGUACCAGUGAUGAAAAUGACAGGUUACUUUCUAGACUAUGGAAUAAAAAUGAAAGAAAUGGUCAUGUUUCUUCCAGGAUACGCUCUGUACAGAGGGUUUAGCGUAUUGGCGAAAGAGUUGAUAAAGCAAGAAGUUUUUCCAAAGGACCAAAUCGAUCCACUUCUGUUGGCAACACACUCUGGAGAUAUUGAAAUGAUGAAAUUGCUACUGAGCCAUAGUGCCAAAGUAUCGGGCGAUACGCUUUAUGUCGCAAUGCACGCGAAGGGAAAGAUGUUUGAAGCUGAAAAGGUUCUUGAAACAAUAGUGGAGUUCGAGGGAAUUGACAUAAAUGACAAAGGCAACGCUGUAAACGGAAACUAUCCUUUGAUAGUGGCAGCAAGAAAAGGUUUCUCAAAUGCAGUAAAAUGCCUGCUGGAACAUGGAGCUGACCCAAAGGUGAGGAAUGAUAGCAAACUCACAGCAUUGCACAAGGCAGUCAUCUAUGAACACGCCGAUAUUAUCCAGCUUCUUAUUGAUCAUGAUGCCCCUUUGAACGAAAAGGGUGGGAAAUUUAAGAGGACGCCCCUGCAUAUCGCUUCUGACCUCGGCAUGACUGAGAUCGUCAAAACAUUUUUAAAGUACAAAAAUGUCAACAUUAAGAUCAAAGACCACCGUGGGCAUUAUCCGAUAUUUCUGGCAGCGAUCAGGGGUUAUUGUGAAACAGUCAGGGUCUUUUUGAAGCAUGACAUUAGUCAGGAUAGUCUAAGGAUUGCAUCUUACGGCAAGAAAUCUUUCAUCAAGGGCAUGUCACUGUUUCAUGUCGCAGUUUGGAAGAAUGACAGGAAGAUGAUCCAGAUGCUAAUUGACGAGAGGGCUAAUCCAAAUGUGAAGGAUUUCUAUGGACGGACCCCUCUUUACUAUGCCAUAAUGGACGACAAAAAAACGUCAACGCGCAUGUUGUUGCAUUACUCGGACAGAACAAUUGCUGAAAAACAAGGAUACACACCAUUACACGCCGCAAUCCAUAAACAAAAUAUCAAAGUGGUAGCAAAACUUGUUGCUGAAGUAAACGUCAACGCAGUUGAUAAGUACGGUAGAACACCACUGCAUGUUGCAUGCGAAAAAGCGGAUAUAUAUACCGUGCAUAUUUUGUUGAAUACACGUGAUGCAGAUCCGCUUAUGGUUACAAAAAGGGGCGAUACGGUCUUCCAUAUUCUAAGACGAAUCGAUGGAAACACAGGUCACGAGGAGCAUUUAAGGCGGCGUCUUAUUGAGAUGCUUUUGCUUGAGAAAGACCCAACGAUUUUUAAUCGAGUGCAAAAUAUGCCAAACAGGAAUGGAGUUUUCAUUACGGACAUGGAGAUGUUGCGAGAUGUGGAUGAGAGAGAUAUCAGGGAUUUGAAGCAAAGUCUAACAACUGACUAUGGCGAGAUUAGCGACGAUGAUAAUGAUGCUGAUAACGGUGCACGUAAAUCCGCAAAAUCUUACAACCAAGUUCGACAUAGAAUGUUCACAAGGCGGAUCAAUAUCGGAUUUGAUGAUACUGCUUCUGAUGAUGCUUCUGAUGAUGCUUCUGAUGAUGAUGCUUCUGAUGAUGAUAAUGCUUCUGAUGAUGAUGAUGCUUCUGAUGAUGAUGAUGAUGAUGAUGAUGAUGAUGAUGAUGGGUUUUAAGUAAAAGUCUGUUACCGACAUAUCAGUUAACCUUUGUCCGGAGAGAUAAUGCACAAGUCAUAUUUUUCUCUUUUCCUGCACGUUUUCUAUGGUUUAUUUCAUAAAUUAUCAUUAAUAGUGCACUACAAAACUUUCGCUACGCAGCGCUUAUUGUGGUUUUGAGUUUUUAUUAUGAUUGUUCAAACAUACGUUUUGAAUUUGAAUUUGUAGUUAAACUUGGUAUCAAUAUGAAACGUGAGCUUUUACCAAUGUAUUAUUAAAGGGGCUAGACACCAGAUGAUACAAUUGCAAGAAAAAAAGACAAUGUCGAAAACUGACAUAAAUUGACAUCGUUGUUUACAACGCAUUGAAUCUUACUAACUGACGUAUCACAUCGCAAACGACACAUGCAUCUUUCGAAAUUCAAAAUUUUCUGAGGUUGUCUACCACGUAAAUCCCAGCAAGUUGAAAAAUCGCGUCUGUUCUCAUAAACAUGUAUGGUUUUAUCUGGGAAACCCUUAUGUGCUAUUUUUAAAAGAGGGAACACAGAUUAGUCAACAACAUAAUUGUUGCGUGUACCAUCCUUCAGUAUUAAAGACAUUCUGUAAAUGUAUAUCUAUGUCAACAGACAGAAUCGUUUAAUAGUACUCAUUUAAUACUUUUCAAUACAAAUUUGAACCACUGGUGUGAGAUAACUAGACAGUUUUAAAAUACACUAAGACUAAGAUGGCUUAUGCGUGUAUGAUCUGUUUGUGGUGCUGUUAUGUGUGCAUGUGGAGUUUAUAUAUUUGUGUCAAUUGUCAUUGUCGUUUGGGUCCUUGUCUUGUGCCUCUAUGUUUGAUUUUUCGACUACUGGGCUUGUCCCUUUAGUUUCAAUUGUAUUAUUAUUCGUUAUUUUAUGCUUUCCGGUGGUUUAUAGAAAUUUAUCAGUGUAUUACAUUUAAAUUUUCACUGUUUUUAACAGUGAAAUAACAUUUUGAAACAGUGAAACAACGUUUUGAUAUUUCACUGUUUUUUUAAAAAGGAACUACUUUUACCGCAUUUGUCUCCCUUGUUCCGUAAUCAAACGACAGUUGAAGUUGCUCCUCUUGUGGUUACCACAGUAAAUUCAAAACUUUGUUUUCUAAAGUUACUAUAAUAUACAUGUUUUAAGGCCUCUUUUACAGAAAGUACAAAAUAGUGUGAGUUGAUGAAACUUAGUUUUCAAGAAACACCAUUAAAAUACAAAUGAAUCGAAGGCUAGCUUGUAAUUUUGAAAUAUAAUCUGCACUCACAUUUGUUAAUAUUGACGAAAAAGCUCCACUAAAUAUCAGUUGUUGUUUUUUCACCUAAACCCCAAAUCCGACCUUCUACUUUAGCUAUCGUCAUACCUUCCAGUUAAGAGCUCGUUCAUGGGUCAAUCUUAUGAUCAAUCCGGAGAAGAAGCCAAGCUGCCCGAAACAAGCAAAUAUUUACGUGCAUGAUUUUGCUACAUGUAUCCAACUAUAUUUUAGAAAAAAAUCGAGCAGCUGGAUUUCAUUUACAGCAUCAACAAUUUCUGCAAAUCAAAAAUUCAGCAAAUCAAACGCAUAUUCCGGUCACCAGAUAUUCGCCAUAAGUCACUCUCUGUUCGAUCACUCCCCAUCCUGCAAAAGGAAUCUGUAUGAUUUCAUCAGUGAUAGUGCCAACUAAAAACUUGUUAGCUUCCACAUUUAUAAUCAGCAGAUACUUUGAAACAAUGAUGUCAUGUAUUCAAUUUCCAAGUUUUGGCAUAAACACAUGUUCCGUGACUCACUGAAUAAAACAUUGAUUUAUGUAUUCAUAAGCAAUCCAUUUUUAAAGCUUUGUGAGCAAUUGAAAAACAGUUUGUUGUAUAAAGAUCAGUAUGUAAUGUUGAUAUUAAUAAUUGGUUAAUUGUGUGUUUAUAAAAUGGGGUGCUACGUAUAACUGUGUUAUGCAAUUUUACGCUCUUUUAUUCCGGCAUGCACUUUAAUAAUUUAGUUAUGAUGUCAAAAUAUAAGGAACUCAACCUAGUGCAUUGGUCAAAGGUCAUGGUGAUUAAAUAUGUUUAAAAACCUAAAGCCUCCGUUUGAAGCAUAAAAUAAAUUGUUGUUUUAAGUGAGAAAUAGAUUUUAUUACAUCUCGUGACCACCGGAAGUUCAGCAUGUGACGUCGCCACACGUGACAAUAUGACUCACGGUGCUCACUCGAAUGAUCUUCUAUUUUUGGGUGAAUGUUUUAAUUUGUAUAUACUUGCAUAUUAACGUGUACAAUAAAGAUGAUGAAUUAUUC